UUAGGUACUUCACAUCAUGGUGGCUAUUCCCAUGAUGCUGUGGUCUAUGCCUUGCAAAAAUGUGGCAUUCGUCAUAUUGACACAGCCAAAAGAUACGGCAGUGAAUCUCUUCUCCAAAAAGCCAUCCGAGACAGCGGGGUGCGGCGGGAGGACCUCUGGAUAACCACCAAGCUGUGGCCCGGUGAUUAUGGCUAUGAAAGCACAAAAAGAGCCUGCUUGGAGUCAUGUAAACGACUCGGUGUUGAAUAUCUUGAUCUUUAUUUGAUACACUGGCCUGGUGCACAUGUUCCAGAUAAAAGCAAUCGGGAGGUCCGAGCUGAGACUUGGAGAGCCAUGGAGGAGCUCUAUGAGGAAGGUUUAUGUAGAUCAAUUGGUGUAAGCAACUUUCUUAUGAGUCAUCUUGAGCAGCUAGAGGAAGACUGUGUGAUUAUCCCACACGUUAAUCAGGUUGAAUACCAUCCUUUCCAAAGACCUCAGGAGUUGGUGGAUUAUUGUAGGAACAAAAAUAUUGUUUUUGAAGGCUAUUGCCCUUUAGCCAAAGGUGAAGCCCUCACUCAUCCUACCAUUAUCCAGCUGGCCAAGAAAUAUGGCAGAAGUCCAGCACAGAUCUGCAUACGCUGGAGCAUACAGAACGGGAUUGUCACGAUUCCAAAAUCCACAAGAGCAGAAAGGAUACAGGAAAACUGCAAGGUUUUUGAUGUUAAUCUGAGGGAAGAUUAUAUGGAAUUUUUGAACACCAUGAAUAUCAAUAGAAAACUAAUUAAUUUGACAGUGAGAAGGAUGGUUUCAAAGCAGAUUGUUCCAAACUCCGAAGUGCUGCUGCUGAAACAUUAG